AUGCUAGGCGUUUCCGCAACUCCAGCGCCGGUGGCGCUAGCCGGUGGCACGAAUCUCCUCCCCACUCAUACUGAUCCGCAGCUCCCGUCGAACCUAGGCAUGCCCGUGCCAGGACGGGAUGUCUUGGUCCGACAUGGAGCUUUAGAUGAAGAAUCAGGCUCGGAAGUGCCUGGCGAAGGACAGGUGCUGAGCCAGGACUCAGGUCAGCCGCCCUGGCAUCAGCCACCGGUCCUAUGGAACGACUCGCCCGUCUCUCUUCCCGCUGUGGUACCGACUAUGAGUGCGCCUAUGAUUAACGUAUCCAUGGCAACGCCCGUUCCACAGGAAUCUGAUAUUUCGACCUCCCUGCCAUUUUCGUCGGAUGAUGCCAAAGGACAAGGCUACCCUUUCUACACGUCGGAUUCUCAGUCGUCUAUGACCGGCUCACCUGUCGCAGGGUCCAAUUCGGACACGUCUCAGUCGGGUUGGGAGCCUGUCAUGUAUCCCAAUGACCCCGCUGCUACGAUGGGUCCCAUUUCGCUCCACCAGAACCAUCGGCAGCCCCACAAUGAACACUUCAAAGGGCUCUUGAAGCUGGAUGUCAACAUGGGAUUCACAGGUGACUGUAAGAUGGAGUCGCCAACGACAAUGCUUCAUCCAGUUGGGCCUGGUUGGAAGAAGCGCCGCUCUGCCUCCGAUGUGGGACCACGAACGCCUUCCCUUCUGGGCCCCACGGUCGAUGCCUUUACGUCCCCGAUUGAUGACCUGUCGUACUUGAUCCAUUCCAUGGGUGGUAAGACGAGCCCUCGCGAGAUGACCGCGCCCAGUAUGGCCUCUACGGCGUCCGCUCCAGGGAUCAACUUUGAGUCGCUGACUCUGCAGGCAGAAGAAAGCUCUCCGUCUCUCCAAGCCCCGUUGUCGCCCUCCCUCAAGCGCGAUGCCAAUUCGACAGAUCCAACAUUUGCUUCGUGUAAUAUCGGUGUGCCUUCUCAGGAGAUGACACUGAAUCCUUCCUUGAUUCAGACACCUCCCAAUGAUAUGGUCCGAAAAUCAGACAUGCAAGUAUUCCAGGAACCCGGCAUAUAUGCGGAUGCCAACGAAGAAAACUUGGCAGGCCCUGUGCGCCACGGGUCGAAAAGUCCGCGGCCGCUGAGCCCCUAUCAUGCGUCGACACGCAGCGUUACGCCGGAAUCGGAACACAGUUUUGACAACUCCAUUCAAAACGAGGCAGCAGUGAGAAUGAUGCAAUGGCGCUUUCCUCUUUCGGGUUCGCAUCAGUCGCUGCACCCUAUGGAUGCAUACGGGCCAGCGUUGCACCAAGGCGUUAGAUUUCCGUCCACAUCCAGGAACCCUCGACGUCACUUACGAACCUCGGUGUCAGAAGACUUCCAAGGACGCACGAAGCAUGGCUCGUUGUUUCCUGUGGCUAACUCAAUGGAUCUGAGGCAACAUGAGCUUCCAUUCUUGUCCCCGUUGCAGCGGCAUCAGGCUAGUUCCAUGUCAUCAGACAUGGUGAAAUGUCAAUCCUCGCCUGGGCGGCAAGUAAGCCAAGAGGUUCCAUCGACUACAGGCGUGAGCCUCUCGUCGCUAGAGGAGUAUAACACGCUUGUUGAUACGCAAGUCGAGCCGGACUCGUCACCGCGUAAUGCGAACCAAUCCUCUAAUCGACACAGUCCUCGAGAGAACAGCGAGACGUCGUUCCACUCAGCCUCUCAAACGCGCACACCUGUGGUAACUACGUCCGCCUCACAGGCUGCGUCGGCUUCGCGACGCAAAGCCGAGGCACUUUAUACGUGUCCCUUUCCAGACUGUGGCUCUACGUUUACGAGACAGUACAACCUACGGGGCCAUUUGCGUUCGCACCUGGACGAACGUCCGUUCAAGUGCGAGUGGCCAGGGUGCGGCAGGAGCUUUGCUCGGGUGCAUGAUUGUAAACGGCACCACAAUCUGCACUUGAACAUUAAGCCGUAUCAGUGCGAGGGCUGUCAGAAAACGUUUGCGAGGCUCGAUGCCCUGAACCGACACUACAAGAGUGAGGCAAGUACCUGCGGGAUCAAGGCUGCCGACAAACUGACAAAACCCUCUUAA